AUGAAGCUACAAGCCAUCACGCUCUCUUGCGUCUGUAUACUUGCAAUUCAGCCAGCCCUCGUCUUUGGCGACGACAUUUCAGUCGCCCGCGAGCAAAGGUUGUCAAUAAUCGUUGGAAGCACCACAGGUUCAACAUCGAUUGCCACUUGGCUGUCUACGCUUGGGAGUGAUGGAAAGUGGCCAGACUCAGAAAUCAAUUACACAACUGGAUGCGAUGCGCAAACCGCCAGCUGGCCCGCCCAAUCUCACUGGAGUCGAAUCAACACAUUUGCAGCUGCCUGGAAUGGAGGUCUUAAGAAUGCUGGCCAAUAUGUUGGCAAUCCCACUCUAAGAAAUGCGAUCAGUUUAGCCAUGAAUUUUUGGUUCUCGAACGACUUCACCAUUCCAGCUUGCUUAGACUCUGGAGGCACGACUGCCUGUCCUUGUACAACGCCAGGCUUAUGGAAUAAAAACUGGAAUUCAAACAUAAUCUUGAUACCAGGCUGGGUCGGUCAAGUUUGCUUGCUUCUAGGCGACUCUUUAUCAUCAACGGAGGCUGCAGGGUGUCAAACAAUGACCGGCAGAGCUUAUCGAACUUUUCAAACUGGUAUCAAUGGUGUCAGUGCCAUAACGGGAUCAAACACUCUCGACAUCGCUAGUAUUGGAAUAGAUCUGGGGUUGUUGACUACCAACAUGACUCUCCUUGCCGAUGCCUAUAAUAGAGUUCAUCAAGAAUUAACUAUUAAAAAUGGAGUGAAAACAGAUAGGAUACGCCCGGAUGGCUCUUUCGGUCAGCAUGCUGGAAUCUUGUAUAAUGGGAAUUAUGGAAAGGAUUAUGCCAAUGACCUCUAUAACCUGGAGCUUACUGCAGCUGGAACAGUAUUUCAAGCUCAAGAUUCUUCUCGUUCUGCCUUUAUUACUCUACUGCUUGCGAACCAAUGGAUGAUUUUUCUCAACACGGUUACCCAAGUUUUACACUGGGAUUUUUCUGUUAUUGGCCGAUUCAUCAGUUUACCUGUGGCAGAUCUACAAGCUAGUUCCAGCAUAAAAACAAACCUUACCCAAAUGCAGGUACUUGGACAAUUAUGGGCGUCACCCGAAAUUUCUCAAGUUUUUAAUUUAUUAUCAUCCACUGCGUCCACUACAGCCAACAUUGGCUCACUUAACGGAAAUCAGAUGUUUUAUGCCAACGAUUACAUGGUCCAUCGGGGAAAUGGAUAUGUCUCGACCCUCAAAAUGUUUUCACAAAGGACUCAGAACACGGAAUGUACAAAUUCACAAAACCCUUUCGGAUUCCAUCUCUCCGACGGAGCGUUGUAUACCUAUUUGACGGGAAACGAAUACGAAGACAUUUUUGCUGCUUGGGAUUGGAACCUUAUUCCUGGAAUUACGGUUGAUUACGGAGGCACUCCGCUCAACUGUUCGACUGCACGAAAAACAGGCACUCAGCCAUUUGUCGGUGGUGCAUCCGAUGGAACCAUUGGUGUGGCAGCCAUGCGGUACGAGACACCUACUACAAAGACCUUGAAUUGGCGCAAGACCUGGUUUUUUCUCAACGACGACAUCCAGUUCGUAAUGGUAGCGCGUUUGACCUCUACUACACCAGUGCCCAUCAUUUCUGUUCUGGAUCAAAAAAGGCAGCUCGGACCUGUCUAUGUAAAUGGGGUUCAAACCACUGGUGGGAAUUUCACAAAUGCCUCUUCUCUCUGGCAUGGAGGAGUUGGCUACUCUUUUAAUACCACCAAUACAGGCACCGCGCUGUCUGUAUCUCUCGCCACUUCCUCUGGAUCCUGGCAGACUAUCGGGUCUUCUAAGCAACCUCCAACCACAGUCGAUCUAUUUAGCGCCUGGCUCAAUCAUAUCGACACCACUUCAGCAGCGUCAUAUGCAAUCUUCCCGGCUACUACUCAGGCAUUGUUCGAGCAGAAGUUGAUGAACUCUCAACUUCUCUCUAUUCGUAAUGACGGGAGUAUUUCUGCACUGCUUGAUAUCUCCUAUAACGUAGCUAUGUUGGUGUUCUGGGUAGACGGAGGAGGUUCUGUCACCGUGCCUUCAACAAUUCCAGGGAGCGCAGCCUUGACCGUGAAAACAAAUGGUAGUAGCAUUCUUAUCAUCAAUCUCAGCACAUGGGCCAUCACACUUUCGGACCCCACACAAUCACUCACGACUUUAACAGUCAAUUUCACUCUUGGGUCUGGUGGCGUCCCUCCUGGAUGGGCUUCAUCAUCCAAAUCCAAAUCAAUAUCUGUUAAUCUUCCUUCUGAUGCCAUAGUUGGGAGUAGCGUCCAUCAGACUUUAUUCUAA